ACGCCUUCUGGUCCAGGGGCGGGCGGUCCUAGAGCUGUUUGGCUGUAAGGAGGAGGCACUGGUAACCCGGAGGAGACUCUAGCUAGGCCUCCCUGAAAGAGUUCGCUACCCGGCAGGGGAGAGGGGCUGAGGGCUGAGGGCUGGGAUGCAGUCUGGGAGCGGGUCUGAUAUGCUGCUAGGAACGUGACCGCCGUGGGACCGGGGCAGGACCUGGCUGGAAGCCUCAUCUGCGUGGGGCCCGAUUUCCAGCAGCCAGCUAGGCCUCACAAGAAAGGCUUCCUUUCCGUGAGGCGCACCAGUUCUCAAGCCGGGAGAUGGCCUCCGCGAGUUCCCCGCUGGAGCCCAAGGGGUUGCUGACAUUUGAGGAUGUGGCUGUGUUUUUUACCCAGGAGGAGUGGGAUUAUCUGGACCCAGCUCAGAGAAGUCUCUAUAAAGAUGUCAUGAUGGAGAAUUAUGGCAACUUGGUCUCAUUGGAUGUUAUGAACAGAGAUAAGGAGGAAGAACCAACUGUGAAACAAGAAAUUGAAGAACUUGAAGAAGAAGUGGAACCACAGGGUGUUAUAGUUACAAGAAUCAAAAGUGAAAUUGACCAGGAUCCCAUGGGUAGAGAAACCUUUGAACUUGUUGGUAGGUUAGAUAAACAGAGAGGUAUCUUCUUGUGGGAAAUACCACGGGAAUCUUUGACCCAGGAACAGAAAAUGUUCAGAGGAAACACUAACAUCCGGAAGAGAGCAAACACAGAAGAGAAAUGCCAUAAAUGUGAAGAAUGUGGAAAGUGUUUUGUUCGUAAAGCCCAUUUUGUUCAACAUCAAAGGGUUCAUACUGGUGAGAAGCCUUUUCAGUGUAAUGAAUGUGGGAAAAGCUUUAGUCGUAGUUCAUUUGUUAUUGAACAUCAGAGAAUUCACACUGGUGAGAGGCCCUAUGAGUGUAAUUACUGUGGAAAAACCUUUAGUGUGAGUUCUACCCUUAUUAGACAUCAGAGAAUCCACACUGGAGAAAGGCCCUAUCAGUGUAAUCAGUGUAAACAGAGUUUCAGCCAGAGAAGGAGCCUUGUUAAACACCAAAGGAUUCAUACAGGUGAGAAACCCCAUAAAUGUAGUGACUGUGGGAAAGCAUUCAGUUGGAAGUCACACCUUAUUGAGCAUCAAAGAACUCACACUGGUGAGAAACCCUAUCACUGUACCAAAUGCAAGAAAAGCUUUAGUAGAAAUUCACUGCUUGUUGAACAUCAGAGAAUUCACACUGGGGAAAGACCCCAUAAAUGUGGUGAAUGUGGAAAAGCCUUUAGGUUAAGUACAUACCUUAUACAACACCAAAAAAUCCACACUGGUGAGAAACCUUUUCUUUGUAUUGAAUGUGGAAAAAGCUUCAGUCGGAGUUCAUUCCUUAUUGAACAUCAGAGGAUCCAUACAGGUGAACGACCUUAUCAGUGCAAAGAAUGUGGGAAAUGUUUCAGUCAACUUUGCAACCUCACUCGUCAUCAGAGAAUUCACACAGGACACAAGCCUCAUAAAUGUGAGGAAUGUGGAAAAGCCUUUAGUAGAAGCUCAGGUCUUAUUCAGCAUCAGCGAAUCCACACUAGGGAGAAGAUUUAUCCAUACAAUGAAACUAAGGAAAGUUUUGAUCCAAACUGCAGUCUUAUUAUACAGCAAGAGGUCUACCCUAAGGAAAAAUCUUACAAAUGUGAUGAAUGUGGAAAAACUUUUAGUGUCAGUGCUCACCUUGUACAACAUCAAAGAAUCCAUACUGGUGAAAAGCCCUACUUAUGUACUGUUUGUGGGAAAAGCUUCAGUCGAAGCUCUUUUCUUAUAGAACAUCAGAGAAUCCACACUGGUGAGAGACCUUAUCUGUGCAGACAGUGUGGCAAAAGUUUUAGUCAACUUUGUAAUCUCAUCCGACAUCAGGGUGUUCACACAGGUAAUAAGCCUCAUAAAUGUGAGGAAUGUGGAAAGGCCUUUAGCCGAAACUCAGGUCUUACACAACAUCAGAGAAUACAUACAGGAGAAAAACCUUACAAGUGUGAGAAAUGUGACAAAAGUUUCAGUCAGCAGCGCAGCCUUGUCAACCACCAGAAGAUCCACGCAGAGGUCAAAACCCAAGAAACGUAUGAAUGUGAUGCUUGUGGUGAAGCCUUUGAUUGCCAUAUUUCUCUUAUUCAGCAUCAAAAAUUGCAUACUGCAUGGAUGCAAUAAAAUGUGGAAAAAUAGGCUCAAUUUGAGACUAGCUACCCAAGUGCAGUUUUAGUAUGAUUAAAUGUGGAUUAGAUUUAAUGGUAAAUUGUCCUUGACCUCAAGCAAAUGGUUUCUAAAGAUCUUGUGAAUAGUAGACAAUUGCCCAUGGGCAAUUGACUUCCAACUUUUGUUUUCAUGAUCAUAGAGAAAGACUAAUUUACAUAAACAUCUUAAGCAAAGCAUGUGGAAGUACUCUGAAGGACAAAGUUGAGUUAGUACAAGGGAACUGGGAGCAAAAGGCACUGAUGUUAAAAACUGAAUCUUAUGCCACCAUCUCAUGGUGGUCCUUGCAGUUCUAUGAUAAUG